AUGGCCCCUAAAUUCCGCCCCUCAAUUCCGAGCACAUCAGCACCAUUUUCUCUGUCAACGGGGGCAGCUGUUCCACCACCUACGGCUUCUGACGUGCCACGAACAGCGCCCACGGAUAUCCACGCCUUAUGGGCGCAACUGAAAAGCGCUUCGCCAAACGGCGGUGGGCGAGAUAAAGCCGCAGCAAGCGGAUCCUGGUCCGCCGCUUCAAAAGCCUUAACUUACAAGCAAAAACUCCUCCUUUCAAGCUAUGGUCUCCAUGACGAGGCAGCCCUCUUCCAAUCAUACACAAACGCCGAAUUCAAUGCCGAACUGGAACGUGCGAGGAAGCACCGUGCCGCGUUCGAGUUAACCUACGGAUCCAAGCCCGCAACUACGGUCCUGUACAACAUAACCAAGCGAAUCCAUGAUGGUGACAUGCCAGACUUCCACACUGCGAUGUACGCCGACAUCAUGAAGCUCUGGAUUACAUCUGCGGGCUCACUGCGAGCCGAUACGGCCAUACAGCUCAUUUAUGACUUCGGCAUGGACGCGGCCGAAGUCCUUGACUCUACACAGGAAUUCGCGGUGUCGGUUCUGGAGGCAGCCACCAAAGCCCGUGCAGAUGGCAAACUGCUCCCCUUCACAGCACCCAAACGCCCAAGAUCACCAUCCGACGGGGCAGCAGAUUCCGGCAACACCAGCCGCGGAUACUUAUUACAGGUCAUCAACACACUGGCGCAGCCUCGCAUCUUCAUGCAUAUAGGCGGGCUGUACUAUACACACGAAAGCAAGGUUCUUUUCCGUGGUCAGCACUUCCUCUUUCCGUUGGACACCGUUACCUCCUACUUCCUAGGACAAACAGGAACACGCAAACUACGCAAGUUUGAUGAGAUCGCUGCACAGACGCUGGUGGAGCUGGUGCAGGCCGACGACCAAGCAAUGCUCUCCCAUCUGGCCACCGCUAUGACAAACUUACUGGGCACUCUUUGGAGCGUCCCUGAUAUUAGCCGUGCAUUGUCUGAGCUGGGUUACGUCCGCAAGAAGGUUUUUACCAGGGCAUUCGAGGCACGGGAAUCAGUUCAGCUGGCAUAUCGCGAGCUUGUGUGACAAUAUGUUCAAAUGGCCCAGAAGCCUCCCACUCUGUAACAAUUCAAUUCAAC